AAACAAGAGGUUUGUAAAGGUUAGAGGAAGUGAAGAAUUUAGAUGUGAUUGGGGAUUCAGUUGGUCUCCUUCUUUCAACCUUGUCUCCUUUAAACAGCUUUUUGGAUUUUUGAAGAGGAAAACAACUGAGGGGAGGAUGGAGCUGACAUGGGCAGGAGUUCUGCUUCUUCUCUGUAUACUUUUCACCCUUUUCUCAUCUUUCCAAAUGUACAAGAAAAAAGGGCAGCUGCCCCCUGGACCUACUCCAUGGUCUAUUCUGGGGAACCUCUUUCAGCAAGAUGUACUACCUCUAAAUAAAUCCUAUAGAAAGCUUACAAAGAAGUAUGGACCUAUAUUUACUGUCUGGAUUGGAUCAAAACCAAUGGUUGCUCUUUGUGGAUAUGAGGUGGUAAAAGAUGCUUUGAUAAAUCAAGCAGAAGAAUUUGGUGGGCGAACUAAUAUGCCCUUUCGCACACGAGUGUUCCAAAAUAAAGGAGUACCUACAAAUGAUGAGAAGAAAUGGAGGGAGCUGCGACGGUUCACACUGUCCACCUUGCGAGAUUUUGGGAUGGGGAAGAAAAGAAUGUCUGAGAGGGUGCAGGAGGAAGCCCUUUGUCUGGUGGAGGAAAUGGCUGCCACAAAAGGGCAGCCUUUUGACCCAAGAAGAAAUUUGGCAAGUGCUGUUUCUAAUGUGAUUUGUGCAGUCGUCUUUGGCAAUCGAUUUGAUUACAAAGAUCAAACCUUCAUAGAGAACCAGCAGAUUAUGGAGUCUCAAAUAAGAUUUCUGACUAGUUUCCUAGGACAGGUGUACAAUACUUUUCCAAAAACAAUGGAAUACUUUUUUGGACGGCAUAUCGAGUCUGAGACAGAAAAACUCUAUGAUUAUAUCCGUGAGAAAGUGGAAUUGCACAAGAAGACAUUGGAUCCCCAGAACCUGCGUGACUAUAUAGAUUGCUUCCUUCACAGAAUGGAGAAGGAGCAGAACUUAUCUGAGGGAAUCUACACUCUUGAAAAUCUUGUGAUUACUGUGCUUGGUCUCUUUACUGCUGGGACAAUAACCACAAACCAAACUUUGCAACGCAGCCUCCUAGCAAUGGCUAAAUUGCCACAUAUUCAAGCUAAGGUGAAACAAGAGAUUGAUGAGGUAGUGGGUACAAAUCGCACUCCAAGCAUGGAAGACAGGUUGAAGAUGCCUUUCACAAAUGCUGUGGUCUAUGAGGUUCAACGUUAUUGGACUUUUAGCUUUGAGAACCUUCCACGGGCAACAACUUGUGACGUAAAAUUCCAUGGUUACAACAUUCCCAAGUACAUGGCUGUUGUGCCAGUCCUCUCCUCAGUACACCGUGAUCUUCUCCAUUGGGAGACUCCAGAGAAGUUCAACCCAGAUCAUUUUUUGAAUGAAAAGGACCAGUUCAGGAAAAGAGAUGCUUUCAUGCCAUUCUCAGCAGGGAAGAGGGCCUGUCCAGGAGAGGCUCUGGUUAGGAUGGAGCUCUUCCUGUUCUUCAGCACUUUGCUCCAGAACUUCACCUUCUCUCUGGAUGGGGACACCAAAGACAUGGAUAUAAUGUCUGCAUUUAUGAUCUUCCAAAAUAAGAACCAAUCCCUCCUUAUACGAGCUGUUAAACAUUCAGUGGACACUUGUGUUCAAUAAUUAAGAAAAGGAAAGAAGUCAAAGUGACAACUUCUUUCUUUCUUUCUUUCUUUCUUUCUUUCUUUCUUUCUUUCUUUCUUUCUUUCUUUCUCUCUCUCUCUUUUUUCUUUCUCUCUCUCUCCCUUU